CGUGUUCUCUUGGUUGACGACAACACUAUCAACCUCCGCCUUCUUCAAGUCGGCAUGAAGAAGCGCGGCUACACCUUCAUCUCCAGCGCUUCAGAUGGACUCCAAGCUGUCAAUACAUACCGGACCCUACUGCACUCCACCCCCUUCGCGCCGCCCGAGCUCAUUCUCAUGGAUCUAUCGAUGCCCAUCAUGGAUGGCUUCGAAGCAACACGGCAAGUUCGCAGAAUUGAGGCAGAGUACAACAGUCACCUGUCGCCCUCGCAAGCACCGCACCACUCCCUGAUCAUUGCGCUGACUGGUCUUGCGAGUGUGACGGAUCAGAAGAAAGCGUAUAUGGCUGGGGUAGAUUCGUACAUCAUGAAGCCGGUCAGCUUUGCGAAGUUGACAAAAUUGUUG